CGAUUUCGCUCUCCAUGUCCACAUCGCAUCCACCAUGAAGAUGCCGGAACCACACGUCCGCGCAUGGUACUGGUACGCCUUUGCAGCCGAGGUGUUUGCGGCGUGUGCGAUGGCCAUCUUUCUCCCAAUCACACUCGAACAAAUGGCGCGCGAGAUCGGGUUGGAGGCGCCAGACUACACAAACCCGUGCUCGCGAGAGAAGCCAUUGCCGGGAGCAACGCCAGUGGCGUGUCGUGCCCAUAUCUUGGGUCGAUGGGUCGACACGGCCAGUUUCUCGAUGUAUGUCAAGUCGACCGCCGUCUUCCUACAGGCCCUCGGUAUCAUCAGCAUCGGGAAGCUCGCGGACAACGCGUACUGGCGGAAACGCUUGCUCCUCUCCUUUGCCGCUGUGGGGAGCAUCACGGCCUCGCUCUUCCUCCUCAUCCCCGGCUCGCCGGGACCAUAUCUCCCCGUGAUCGCGGCGCUCAUUACACUCGUCGGGAACAUCACAUAUGCUGGGAGCAUUGUGUGUGCGAACGCCUUCCUGCCGGGGUUGGCGAGGGAAGAUCCAGAAGUGGUUGCGGCACGCGCGACCGCCGGUGACUCGGAAGGCGAGGAGCCCGAGGGCGGCUUGGAUGAGAACGACGUGGCCUCCAUCGCGGGGUCCGUGAUUCUCCGUGUAUCCGAGGAGAACGGCGAGGACGAGGCCCUCCUUACCUCCGCCACCCCGAAGUACGGCGCCGUUCUGUCACGCACGAUGGCGCGCAUCUCGUCGACGGGCGUCGCGAUCGGUUUCUUCUCGGGCGUUGCCAUGCUCGCCCUCCUCUCCGUCCCCGUUGUCCUCGGCGGCGGCUCCACACGCUCCCUUAUGCUCGCCGUCGGUCUCUCCGCUGCCUGGUGGGGCGUAUUUACGGUCCCCGCUGGCCUCGGUCUCCCUGGCGCUGCACCCUCGCCCGCGCCGCCAAACUGGCUUCCGGCGGCGUGGCGGCGCGUCGCGUCGAUGAUCACGCCGGCAGAAAUCCGCCGCCUCCCAAACCUUUUCACCUACCUCCUAGCAUGGAUCUUUCUCUCUGAUGGCUUCCACACAACGACCUACACUGCAAUUCUGUAUGCCAGCUCCCACCUCCACAUGUCGCCCGCCAAGGUCAUCAUCAUCGGGCUAGUCAUGCAGCUCGUCGCGGUCGGGUCAAGCAUCUAUGCACCGCGGUUACAGCGUAAGCUUGGGCUGAGCAAUCUCCGCUUGCUGGUGUACAUCGUGAUCGGGGCGCAGGCUUUGCCUCUGUACGCAUGUGCAGGGCUCAUCAUUCCCGUCGGCGGGCUGAGGACCGAGGCGGAGAUGUACGUUGCCGCGGCAUGGUUUGGUUUCCUUUACGGCCCAUUCAACUCGUACGCCCGUGCGGUAUAUGCCGAGAUCAUCCCACCGGGGCACGAAUCAACCUUCUUCUCCCUCUUCAGCUUGACGGACAAAUCCGCCUCGUUCGUCGGCCCCCUAAUCGUCGGCCUCAUCGCCGACGCGACGGGCAACAUCCGCCUCGGAUUUGUGUUUUUGGCCGCAAUGCUCGCCCUCCCGGUCCCCGUGCUGUUGCGCGUACACGUUCGCCGUGGCGUCGAGGAAGCGGCGGCGUGGUCCGCGCAAAGAGCGAGUGCGGCGUAGAGCGUGGAUGGCAUCACGGGCAUCACUUGGGUAUAUUUCUCUCGCACACCCUCUUACAUAGAUAUUGCACGCCAUUAUGUACAAUCCUAACGUGUU